AUUUUUAAACGCGGACCAACGGCGCUGAUAUUCAAACUCAUUUGGACUGUUGAGCUUCGGACGCGUUCGUUGGGACGAGAUUGCGGUGUUAUUUUUUUUGUGUGUUUUGUUGACAGAUUCCAGCGGCAAGCGAAGAGAAUUUUUGAGGUGAGUUAGCUGAAGUAGCUGGCUUUGCAGACGCCUCGCUCGGGUUUAGAAGAUGGACGCGCAGCAGCCUGGAGACUCUGCUGAUCCGUACACGUUCGAUGCCCCGUCUCAUGUAAUGGACGAUUUUAGCCGAGACUCUGAAGAUAAUGCUGAUCAGUGGUUUGACCUGAUGGCUGCCCCACAAAAUGGGGAAAUGGAGCAACUCACAACCCCCAUGAGGGUGCCAAAACCUUUUGAUGGGAUGCACAACGAAGACCUUCCUAAAGCCAUAGUCUCACCCAUGGUCCAUGUGACCGAGACAACAGCGUCAACAGACUCAGAUGUUCCUGAGAGUACUGCUCCAGAACCUCCAUCUAACAUUGUGACUUCAUGGGGAGACAGCAGACCAACUGGAGCUCCUAGUCAGGCUCAGAAGAAGAACGUUCCAGCUGAGCCACGCAGAGUAUUGAAGCGUCCUGUGGUCAAAGAGCGACCUCAAGCUCCUUCAACACCUCCUGUGAUGAAGAAGAGGAGAGUUGUUCCAACUCCUAGAAGAACAGUUUUCCGUCCACCACGAAGGAGCUCAACGGGUGCAAGGCAAGCUCGCCGCAGUGGUGCUGCUACCAGACGCAGCAUCAGGCAAAAGAACAAACCACCCAUGCCCUCAGCUGCUGCAUCUACCGCCUCUGCUAACCAGCAGAAGAGCACCGAGCAGCAGGAGCUGGAGCGCAUUGAGGCUCUACAGAAGGAGGUGGCCGAGCAGCGCAAGAGGAACGAAGCCAGCUACAGAGCUGCACUGGCAGGAAGUCAGCCUCCAAAGAAGCAUGUGCUGUCCUCCACCAUUCCCAAAGAAUUCAACUUCCACUCAGAUAACAGAGUGAAAAGCCAUACAGAAGUUUCUGAAAAUUCAUAUAAGGAGUGUGACUUUACUUCACAACUGCGAAAGCACCCUUCCUCGCCUUUAAAGACUCAUAAGGGCACCACAGUCCCCAAGCCCUUCAACCUCUCUGCUGGCCACAAGAGGAAGUUGGAGGAAACCAGUUCCUAUGUGUCCAUGGCUGAGCAGAUCGAACAGUUUCAGAAGCGCACUCCAACCCGUUAUCACCUGCGCAGCCGGCAGAGUCAGGAAAGGGGCCCAUCACCAAUGAAGACUGAGAAGCCCAAGGUUACUCACCCUCACACCCCUCAGCUGAUGACCCGCCAGAGAAGCCGCCCUGUCAUGGUGAAGAGUGCUGCUGAGAUCGAGGCUGAAGAAGCAGAAAAACUGCAGCAGUUUAAGUUCAAAGCUCUAGAGCUCAAUCGCAAGAUCCUUGAAGGGGCCCUGGCUCCUAAGAAGCCCGCUCCCAAAGAAGUGACUCGUCCAGAGGGCUUCCAGCUGGAGGUGGAGAAACGUCUGCAGGAGCGACAUGCCACCAAAAAGACAGCAGAGCAGGAAGACUACACCUUCCACUCCAGACCCUUACCAACCCGUAUCCUGGAAGAAGUGGUGGGUGUACCAGAGAAGAAGGUACUGAACCCUACUGUCCCCGAAUCUCCUGCUUUUGCACUCAAAAACCGUGUACGUGUGGAACGCAAGACAGAAGAGGUGAAGGCACCGGCUCCACUGAAGGCACUUCCUGUGCCCCAUUUUGUGCCCUUCCAACCCAAACCUGCAGCAAAGAACCAUGUAGAAAUGUGUCCCUUCUCAUUCGAGCAGCGUGAGCAAGAGCGCAGAGCACAGAAAGAGAAAAGACUGGAAGAACUGAGAAAUGAAGAGGUGCCCAAAUUCAAAGCUAGGCCUUUGCCUGACUUCCAUGAAGUGAAUCUUCCGGGAAAGAAAGUAACUGAACCUACCAAACCUGCUCCUUUCAAGCUAAUGGUGGAUGAGCGUGGAUCUGUGAAGAGUGAACGUUGGGAGCAAAUGAUAAAAGAGGAGUUGAAACAGCAGGCUGAAGCAGCGUGCUUCAAGGCGAGACCCAAUGCAGUCGUGCACAAGGAGCCUUUUGUGCCCAAGAAAGAGACCCGCUCCGUCUUAGCCGAUACUACCCAUUCUGUAGUUGCCGAGGGUUUCCAGCUGUCGACGGAACGGCGGGCCAAAGAGCGGCUGGAGUUUGAGCAGGCUCUGAAGGAGAAGGAGGCACUGAAGGCGCAGAUGGAGGAGCGACAAGCCAGAGAGCAAGAGGAGCGUGAGAAGGAAGAAAUCACCAGAUUACGGCAAGAACAGGUGCAUAAAGCCCAGCCAAUCAGACGCUACAAACCAGUUGAGCUGAAGCACAGCGAGAUAUCUCUUACCGUGCCCCAGUCUCCAAACUUCUCCGACCGUUUUCGUCUGUAAUGUCUCAUCGGGAUAAACUGUGUACAUAAUUUAAAUGUUGUUUUUGCCUUUUUUUUUUUUAUUGCUUUCACUUUUUAAAGUUGUGUGCUUAGUAAGUUGGAUAAACCAAUUUUUUUACCUUCUGGGGCUGUAGAUUGUUCUACACUCAGACUUGGACACUCGUUGCAACUGUGAUCCAUUGCAUUAUGUGAACUGUUGUACAAUGUUUUCUCUCAUUCCUCUGUACAUGUAGCCUCUGCUAUUUUCUGUCUUUAACAUUUUCCCCUCUUUUUGUAAUGUAUUAAAGGUGUGCUUAGAA